AAAAUCUGUCUUGAUUUAGUUUGGAUAGAAAAUGAGAGGUGUGUUCUUUUCUUUUUUGAAAAUUUUGAAUUGUAGUUGGAUGCAGUUAGGAACAGGCCCAAACUUCUGUUUAUCUGUCAAAAUAGCAGAAGCAAUGUGAGGGAAAUUCAAAAGUAAGAGCCAUGUGUGCUCUGUUAAGUCUGUUAGAAGAAGGACACAUAUCGGAUUUAAAGGAAUUCCUCACUCAAAAUGACGUUGACGUAAACAGUGCCAACAAACGUGGUGAUGGGGCAGUCCAUAUUGUUGUUCGUCUUGGGGAUCACAAUGCAUUGAAGCUUUUAAUUGAUCAUGGUGCUGAUGUCAAUCUGUCAAAUAGUUUAGGUGACACUCCUGCUAUUUUAGCAGCAAGACAUGGCGACCGGGAAAGUUUAUGUAUCCUCAUUGAUGCAGGAGCGGACUUAUCACAUGGAAACAAGGAAGGAGAAACAUGUCUGCAUACCGCUUGCAAUUUGGGUGAUGCAUCGCUCACUUCUUUUAUAUGCUCACACCCAAAUAUAAAUAUUGAUCAACAAGAUCUAGAUGGCAACAGUGCCCUUCACAUUGCUUGUAUUCAAGGCCAUCUGGAUUGUGCUAAAAGCCUCAUUGCUACUGGAGCCACUCUCGAUCUACCGAAUUCAGUUUGUGCCACACCACUGCACUUGGCUCUUUCCUCAAAGCACUCUCACGUUGCCAUGUAUCUUCUUCAUGCUGGUGCAGAUAGUGAUGUUCAAGAUUGGGAUGGUGAUGCUCCUAUCCAUUUUGCUGCUCGCCAAGGACUUCUUGCUGCCAUACAAACUCUGUGUGCUUUUGGAUGUAAUGUGGAUGUAGCGAACAAACAGGGUCUUACACCUCUACAUCUAGCGUCACUUCAUGGACAUAUUGAAGUGAUAAGGUCUUUGUGUCUUGCUGGUUGUAACACUGAAGUUAGAAAUGGUGAUGGCAUUAAAGCGGAAAUAACUGCUCUCAAACAUGGACAUAAUGGGAUUGCAGACUUACUCAGUAGACUAAAAAAUAGUGUGCUCCGGGAACAGUUUACAAAUCAACUUGUCCCAACAUCCCAGCCAAUAUCACGAGUAAAUUUAAAGUUCUUAGGUCAUUCAGGAGUCGGCAAGACAACUUUAAUACAGUCUUUACAAUCAGGAUACUUCUCAAAUUUGUUCAAGAGAAGUAAAGCAAAUUUGCCGGUAGCCAACUGCAUCCUUAAAGGAAUUGCAUCAUCUCCUACCAACACUCACAUUGAAAUGGACAUCACACCACGAAGUAAUUCAUUGACGUUUGAUACAUUCAGCUACCAGUACACUCGGGGUAUAUCUGUCAAGCAGGUUUCAAUGACAGGAGUAGGUGAUCUUGCACUCUGGGAUUUCUCUGGACAGGACACAUAUUUCCUUGUGCAUCACCAUUUUUUAGGGUGCACACGAAGUAUUUAUGCCCUUGUAAUUAGCUUGCAGGAUUCUCCUGCUGUCCAGUUUCAGCAAGCUAGUUUCUGGUUGAGCUUUCUUCAAGCUCGUAUUCGCCCCUCUCAAAGUAUAGGUUAUUGUGGUCGCAUCAGCAAUCCUCUUCAGGUUGUUGUAAUAGCUACUCAUCCUGAUGCUGUGCGACUACCAAGAGAUUCUAAUGGGGACUACUUCACAUCAGGAGUUGAAGACCUCAUGUUACAGCUCCAACAACAAUUUCAAACAACAUUUCGAAUACACUCCGAGCCUUUCAUUGUAGACGCAAGAGCUCCAGGGACAAAUGUGAUGCGUUGUCUUCGUCAGCAAUUAACUGAAAUGAAGCAGAAUGUCAUUCACCAGGACAAGAGUCAACAGCUUGUAGGCAUCGACAACAUCAACUACAAGGAGUAUUCCCUUCUACCAUCAUUCCCUGUUUCUGUGGUACCUGCAAUUCAUUUACCUCGAAUUUUUCCCACUGGCUAUGAGGGUAUUCCAAAAUGUUCAGGUUUCCUGGAAGGAGUCUUUGCUUGGCUGCCAAAUGCUGUUCAUCAGUAUGAGCAUUUUCCUGUGAUGGAUUGGGAAAUGUUUCUCCAGGCAGUUCGCUCUAAUGUCAACCCCCUGGCAGGAGAGGAACACAUCAAAGAUAUUUGUUCACAGCUUCAAACCAUGGGAGAAGUACAUAUUCUCCACUGGCAACCUCAAGAUGUUGUUGUGCUUUCUCCUCAAUGGCUUUGUGAAAAUAUCAUUGGGAAGUUACUGUCAAUUGAAUUUAUUACUUUGGCACGGGUGACUGGGUGUUAUACUGUGGAUGAUUUUCAGGCAGCAUUUACAGAAUGUGAUGCCUCAAAACUGCUUGUUUUGUUGGAACAGCUUCAGUUGUGUACACAUUGUGAGAAUGAUGGUGAACUGGAGUAUGAAUUUCCAUGCUACAAUAUGGUGGAAACUAUUGAAGGCUUAUGGGAUUCACAAGAUGUUCGAUAUGGAGAUUGUGCCAGUUACAUAGGCUUGCGGCUGAAAUCCUCUCCAGGGACUACUCAUUUAUUGCAUUCAGUUUUUCCCAGAAUCCAGGUACAGCUACGGCUGGCAACAAAACGAUAUGCUGAUCCUGAAUGCGAUUUAUAUCAAUGGUUUCGUGGCUCUAAACUGUGUGCUGGAAUUUUGGAGAGUAUGGUUACUUUGGAAACAGACUCAAUAUGUGGGGAGUGUAUUGAAAUCAAAGUACGGGGACCAGAGGGAACUGGUAUGGCAUGUUUUUACUUCAUUGAAGAAUUACUUGGCAUUGUGCAAGUGGUCUUGUCUGAGGUCUGUCCUAGUCUACAAUUGGAGAGGUAUGUUCUCAGUGAGAGGCAAUUGAAGAAUCAUGCUACUCCGUAUUGUUUUUCACCAACUGAGCUUGCUACUGCACUCUUGGAUUGUGAUUUGAGUGUGUGUCUCCAUAAUCCCUGGCUAGAAGCAUGUGAAUCAAGUUCUACAGCUGAUGAAUCUCUUCUCAACCUGAUUGCCUGUGGAACACCAGAGGUGGCAGAUGUAAUGGUGCUGUGGCCUACUCUCCCUGUUCGAGAAAUAAGUAUAGGGUGUCGCCGAGCUCUAAGUGCUCUUAUGGAUCCACCUGACCCAUUGGGGAAAGACUGGUGUCUUUUGGCUGUGCAGCUUGGUUUGACUGAAAGUGUGGCACAUCUGGAUGCUGCAGUUCAUCCAUCUCAUCCAACUCAAAGCCCCUCUCUCAGUCAAACUAAUGCUUUACUAGAACGGUGGGCUCAAACAGAAGAUAAUGAUGCCACCUUAGGUAAGCUUGCUCGAGCUUUAAUUUCUUUGGGACGUGAAGAUGCUGUAGACCUUUUGCUAAGGUCGGUUCCUCUCUACCAACUGAUUGACACAGAGGAAGAAGAAGAAGAAGGAGGAGAAGGAGGAAAGGAAUGUGUGGAAUCAAGUAAGACAGCAACGUCACCUACAAAUGGUGGAAGAACAAAUCUUUCACGUUGAAUCAAAACUUGUUGCUGCAGCAAUUAAUCUCCUAUAACUAAAAAUACAAACAAAACAACUUUUCUCUGUUAAUUUUGUUUUAUAUAUCAUCAUUGUUUUUACUGAUUACAAUUUACACUUUGGUCAAGUUUGUAUGUGUUACUGUUAAAGCCUGUUAUAGUGUGGUUUAAAAAAAAUAAUUUCUGUACCACUUUUCUCUUGUUAAAAACCUAUUACGUGUUGGAGGAUAUAUUUUAAGCAAUUUUAUACGAUCUGUCCAGCUACAUUUUUGAAUUAAAGCAGAUAAAGAAGGUGAUAUUAAAAGUUGAGAGAAUUCCACAAACUGCUCAGGAAAAUCACCAAUAUAUCACUAUAUUUUUCUGUGAUAGAAACAUUUCUGAAACAUUUUUUUCUGCUAAGCAAAGCGGGAAGAGAAAACUGAUUUAGUAAAUUCUCUCUUCAUGCGACCUGAAAGAUAAUAAUUAUUUGCAGCAUGAAUGAUUAGUCUUAUUCGUAUUUAAAACAUGUUAACAAUUUUAUAAUUGUUACAAGAUUUUGUAAUAUUUAAAUAGGUUUUCUACUCAACCAGUGGCUGUUCUUUCUCUAUUCAAUCAAAACUUAUCUGUUGAAUGUCAAUUCAAUACUAUGCACAAUAAUUGGUUUGUGUAUACAGUAAUUAUAGUGAAAAUCACUCUUAAUGGACUGAUGUACUAAGUAUGCUAAUUCAUGAUGCCACUGUACUGACUUCAUUUUGUGCCCAUCAUAAUCAGAUAGAUGAAAGUAUUCGCUCAAGGAAUGUAUCUUAAGUUGUAAUGUUAUUAUUAGGUAUGUAGUUUUAAUUUUACAAGAUGAUGGUUAGCUUAUCACAUCCAUCAUGUUCAUGUUUCAUGCAUGUUGUGUUUUCCUCAGUUUUUCACAUUUUGUGGUGUGGUCACUUAUUGUUUCAUGGGCUUGGAAGUCUAUGACGGCUGUGGUUUUUUUAACUCUUGUACUUUGAACUUCAAACACUAAAAAAACAAAAUAAAAAUCCUUGAUGUUUCCAACUUUUAAUUACAAAAAAACAACAACAUUAGAAUAUGUACUUAAAGUGCGGGCAGUCUUAUCAGCACAUUGCUAUUUUGAGACUGCCAAAUGGUACUAAGUUUUUUCUUUUUCUUUCUUUUUUUCUGGAUUUAUCAUGUAUAUAGCAUUUGCGUAAGUGUAAUAAUACAGCUUUCAUUCCAAAAAUUGCACUUGAUUAAAACUAAAAAGUUUUAGAAUUGAACAUGUUGAUUGCUAUAAUGAUUGUUCACAAUCCUUACUGAUGUAGCCUGCUGCUGGAGCACCAAUAUUGCCAAUGCCAUAAUAUGAAUAAAUUCAAAAUAACACUCAGAAA